AUGAACUAUCCCGUCAAAGGCCAAUAUGCUUGGCUAUCAGCGGCAGAUGGAUAUGUACUGUAUAUUGAAAACUUUCAAUCUGUUUUUAUAAAAGUGACAUUUUUAUUAACUCGUUUCACCUUUUUUCCCUUUCUAGGAAGAGUCAUCACAGUUCCAGGUGAUGUUACGAAAGUGACUCGAGUUAUCCAGGGAGAGCCGACAAUCACCAAAGUGACACGGGUGAUUGAGGGUGCACCGAGCGUUACCAAGGUCACCCGAGUGAUUGAGGGUCAACCUUCUAUCACUAAAGUGACCAGGGUGAUCGAAGGACAGCCAUCUAUGACUAAGGUUACAAGAGUCAUUGAAGGGGAUUCAAGCAUGACCAGAUUUAUUGAAGGUCCUGAAUAUUCAGUCACCAGCUCCACCGAUAUGGAGCUUUAUGAUUUCGGUGAGGACUCUGAGGGAGUCACUACAUUCAUUCAGGAGGGAACAAGAAGAGUGCCUCAAAGAAGAGUGCAAGGAGGCGUCCGGAGGAGAACCUAGAACUUGAGCAGACACAGUGAGCACAUGCAAAAAAAAGGCCUGAAGAGUAUUUCAAAUACUUCCUUCAUUUACUUGCACAAUGGUCCAAAACCUAUUAGGUUGGAGUUGAGUUUAAGACAAAAAGAGAAACAACCUCAUUGUUUUGUUUAAGUACAUUUUGUCCAAACAAGCAUAUGAAAUUUCCCAUGUGUGUGUAAAUAUUUGAAACUUUUUUUGGAUUUGGGUUUGAUGUGUAAGUGCUCUCAUGUGACAGGAUACACAACAUAUCUGAUGUUUUUAUGUUGCAAUGAAUCAGAAACAUUUGGACAACCGUUAUAUGUGGAGUAUCAAUACUCUUUGGGCAUCAAAAAAGUAAAUAAAAAGAGAAAGUUUAUAUGAAAUACAUGGUGCAGGGAACAGAUGCCUUAAACCAGAAAUAUAAGUGUAUUUUUCUGGGAUACGGUUUAACCGUUGCAUGGACAAUGAUUUUAUGGUGCUCAUGUUUAGAUGGUGUAAAAUCUAAAAUACUGACAGGAAUUAAGUUUUAUUUUAAAAUCUAAAACCUUUUCUUUUUAUUUCUUUUGUGGUGAAGAGGGUUGAUUGUUUUUCAUUUUCACGGUUUUAGUGUUUUGUGUGUGUGUGUAAAGUGUGUCUCCUUUUUUGCAUAAACUGAGCACAGAUGUGCUCAAUCCUUUAUCUCAAACUGAAUGUUCACUUUACCAAUUCAAACUUAAUUUGACUUAAACAGGUUUUGGCUUCUUUGCAUUUAUUUUUCAAAUUCCAUAAUAAACUCAACUCUUAGACAUGGAA